AUGGUGAAGAAAAAGCGACUUCGUCUCAUCGCGGAGAUGGCUCGGAAGAUCCGCGCCUACCGAGAGCUGAAAAGCCGACCGCGGGAAUCGCAGAAGUACGCCCUCGACUAUGACACUAUGAAGCGGCCUCUUACGGGCAAGAUGCUACCCGUGUUGGCUUGGCAGGAUGUCCGCCGUGAGAGCCGCCUCUUCUCUCUCAUGGCCGGUAUGCGGAUGUUCGGAGUUGGUCGUGUCUUCACUCGCAAGUCGUGGCUGGAGGACCACACUGAGCCAAGUUACUGGCAGAUCACCAAAGUCAAGGUGGACUACACAGCUGAGAACAUGGAUCAUGGACAAGCCUGGGGUAUUCUGACCUAUAAAGGAAAAGAGGAGAAAGAGGUCAAGGAAGUAGACAAGGUGAUGUAUCACGACUGGCGACUUGUUCCGAAACAUUUGGAGCAACAAUUCAAAGACUUUGUGCCCCUUCCUGAGCCACCUGUUCGCUACGUCCCUUAUCCUCCGCUGCUGCGUGCCAUGAAACUGGCGCGACACAAGCAAAUGGAAGGCAGCGUUCUUACAGAGGAGCCUCUUAUGCCUCUAGAAAGGGACGUAGUGCUCAACAAGGAAUAUUUCCAAAGUCAAGACCAAGGGAGGAAGGAGAGACAGGAGACAGCUGUGUGA